CAGAAGCAAACGGCUGUUUUUGUUUGUGUGAUCGAGAGAAGCCCGGCAAGACGUCCAUUUCCCGUUACUACACAGCCGUUAAACCGGGAUUUUUAACUGAACUGACAAACAAGGGAGAUACUAUGGGUGCCGGUUCGAGCACCGAGGCCGAAAGGGAGCCGCUUCUUGUCCCCUCUCAAGCGGAGAGCAACAGUCCGCCAGUAAACAGCAGGGUGUACGGGAGAAGAUGGCUGGUUCUGACCCUGUUCUCCCUGCUGGGACUCAUGCAGGGGAUGGUGUGGAACUUCUGGGGUCCCAUCCAGAACUCGGCCGCUCACGCUUACGGCUUCACCAAGUCCGACAUCGCGGUUCUGGUGCUGUGGGGCCCGGUGGGUUUCAUCCCCUGGCUGUUUUUUAUGUGGUUAAUGGAUAAAAAAGGUUUGCGGGCGUCUCUCCUCCUCUCUGCGUUCUUCAUGCUGCUAGGAGCGACUCUCCGGAGCAUCCCGCUGACAGAACAGCCUCUCAGAAGAUGGUUGAUACACGGAGGUCAGUUUCUGAACGGUUUGGCCGGUCCGACCAUAAUGAGCGCUGGCCCUUUCCUCUCCACCACGUGGUUUGCCCCUGACCAGAGAGCCACUGCAACGGCCGUGGCCUCACUCUUCUCCUACUUGGGAGGCGCUGCUUCGUUCGUAGUAGGACCGAUGGUGGUGCCAGCCCCCAACAACACACAGGCAGCAGCCACCAUGGCAGCAGCAGUUUCCGACAGCUCCAUCCGAGACAGGAUUCAGCUGGUUAUGUAUGCAGAGUUGGGUGCUAUUGCUGUGCUUUUUGCGGCAGUCCUGCUCUAUUUCCCGUCUCGCCCACCGAUGCCUCCAAGCGUGGCCGCUGCAAGCCAGAGGCUCAGCUACAGGAGCAGCAUCUGCAGGCUUCUUAGUAACCUGAGGUUCCUGAUGAUAGCACUGGCGUACGCAGUCCCAACAGGAGUGAUUGCUGGCUGGGCAGGAGUCCUCGACAUGGUCCUUACACCAGCCAAAGUCAGCCAGGUGGACGCAGGUUGGAUUGGUUUCUGGUCAACUGUUGGUGGAUGUGUGUUUGGAGUGGCAAUGGCCAGAUUUGCAGACUCCAUUCGAGGGAUGCUGAAGCUGAUCCUGGUGCUGAUGCUGGCAGGAGCCUCACUUUCCUCGACGUGGUUCACACUAACAUGUCUAAGCAGAGUCACUCACCUCCCCUCCACUGCAGCUAUCCUGUACACUUCCUGCAUCCUAGUGGGGAUUUUCAUUAACAGCAGCGUGCCAAUAUUCUUCGAGCUCUUCAUUGAGACGGUGUACCCGGUCCCUGAAGGCAUCACCUGUGGAGUGGUCACUUUCCUGGGGAACCUGGUCACCGGUCUGCUCCUCUUCUUCCUCACAUUUUACUGUAAAGAGCUGUCGUGGUUGAACUGGUGUCUAACCGGCUCCUGUCUCUUCAGCCUUGUCCUCAUCCUCUUCUUCAGGGAGUCUUACGACCGCCUCUACCUGGACGUCUUUGUCUCCGUGUGACCCUGCUGAGGACGAAAAAAAAAAAAAAAUACGACAACUUGAAAAAUGAACGGACUGAGAAAUAAUCCUUGCACAAAGAAGAGGAGAAAAAAAGGAGACUAAGGGAACGUGGGUAGCCCACACUCCUCAAAAAUCUUACGAUGUAAAUGUAUAUAUCGGUGACGGUGGUGAUGGGUUGCUGUCGUGUGGUGGCCGAGGAGAACCAAAAAGUGAUUCUACGCCAGUGUUUACUCUUUACACGUGAUCCACUGAAUGCCAUAUGACACAUAGCGCAUCAUCAUCUGUUUUUAUUUGUCAGUCUAUGUUUGUGUGUUAACAAACGUAUGUGAACGGUUUAAUUUUCUUAACCAGGCGCGGCAUGACGGACUGUUAGUAGUUGUUGUUUACAGAUCAUGUAAUAUUUAAAGUUCUCAAUUUCGCCCCCGUGUGGCUGCUCCGUUCACUUUCCUUGAUCGUGUGUCAAGAGACUGGACACUGACACUGUGUCAGCCCCCUAACGAGGAAGUAAAGGGUGAUGAGCUUCAUCAGCCAAUCAGCAGGCCUGGCUGUGCUGAGUCGGGGCUAAAUGAGGGACCUCCCGGUGUUUUAGUGCUGCUCCAAACUCCAGGCUGUGUCUCGCUGGGAGACUUAACUGUCCCAACUCUGUUAAGUGACCUGUGAUGCUGUCAUUGAGAGGCAGGUACUUAUAUUAUGUUUUAUCACCCUCUCAAGACGAAUAUUAUGCAAAAAUGAUCUACCAAAUUGAUGACUGGAUGCCAGCCAGGGACUGGAAUUGAAGAAAACCUGUGUUUCUUUUCCGUAAUCUGAACUGUUACACCUUCACAUUUCAGAAGUUGUUCAUCCUCUUUAUGGGACAUUUGCUUUUAAAUCUAACACAAUAAUGUAUAUUUGUGUUUUUACAGUUUUUUAAAAAAAAGUUUGUUCUCCUCUGUAGCCUGCCAGUAUUUAUUGGAAAUGUCUCAACACUAACACAGUUAACACCCGGUUUCACUCAAACAGGAUAUUUGGUGACGAUUUUAGCCACAGCUGAGGCAGACUGAGGGAGAUUAUUUUAUUAUACAGACAUGAUGAUUAUGUUGCGUUGUAAUUGCCAAGCUGCUCCUCCUCCAAAGCACCAGCAGGUGUCUCUGCGCCAAAUGAGAGUCGACUGACAAAAAAACGUGAAGGGAAAAAAUAAAAAAAGGAAGUUGCCAUUUUCUUGGAUUCCUUGGCUGAUAAAACUGGAGCUGUGACAAAGAAAAACAGCUCUAGAGGGACCCAACCACAUAGAAACACACAAAUGGAAAACAUCUGUCACUUACAGACAAAGUUUUUCUCUGACUUGUCCAUGACUUCUUUUGUCUCUUUGUCUUGCACAGCAGCUAUAAGAAGUGUUUUAAUGUGUUUUCCUCUGGGGUUCGCGGAGCUCUGUAAUGUGUUUCCUGGUGCUUGGUUUUUAUUUUUUACUCUCCUUGUACAGAAAAGGUUGUCUUUUACCUUUUGACGUGUUGCCUUAAUUGCCCAGUGCUGUGCGUUCAGACUCCCUCUCUUCCACACUGUGACUAUUUUAUCUGUAUAUAUUGUUAAAGGUCAUGUUCUUCUGUCCUGCAGCACACACUCUGUGGUUUCCCAGGCUCUGGGUUAUUAAUGUCCAUGUUCUGUGGAAAGGAAAAAGAACAAAUGUGACUGUUGAAUAUUUGCAGCACCUUAUUAAAAUAAACAUUUUAAGAUUA